CAUAAUACAAACUAAUGAAUUCAUUUCUUUGCAUGUGUGUUUUCUAACUUUGUUUCAGAUGGGCAGGGCAUUGCCAUUAGACUGUCCAAGCAGGUAGCCAACUCCAACAAGAGACUGAGACAAGCAAUCAAGGAAUACAACAGUAUUCAGUGGCCACCGCAGAUGAGCAUCUUCCCUGCAACAAUUGAUUUUCAGGAACCAUGCGAUCCCUCUUGGCCUGUCUACUUCUGCUCUGAUGACACUAUUGAAGAAGAUGACGUUUCAAGGAGUCUAAAAAGGCGUGGAAUUGAUGCCUUACAUAUGAGGACACGGGCAGCUGAGGAAAAGCACAUGCUUUACCAGGAAAUGAGAACUGUAACUGAACACCUCAAUCAGCAGCAUGCCUUUCUGUGCUCUGCCAUCAAUGACACAGAGCAGCCUGGUGCAAAAGCUACUCUCAUCCAACGUCUCAAACAGCUGGAAAGAAAGCUACAUCAUGCCACUGUGAUGUUUCACCAACAUGUACCAGAUAUUGUUCCUGCAACACGUAGUUAUGUCGUCCCAGAAAACCCCUACCUGUCUCAGGACCUCCCCAUGUCAAGUGUACAGACACUGGUAUAUGAUGAUGAUGAUGAUGAUGAUGAUGAUGAUGAUGAUGAUGAUGAUGAUGAUGAUGACGAUGACAAUGACAGCAACUAGCACUGUAAGCACUUAUGACUAUAGGGCUGGUUUGCUGCUUCCUGGUUUUUAAUGAAUAGUUUGAGCAAGCUUGUAUGCUUUGCUAUUUAUCAUUCAAAAUGUCUCCUUAAUGCAGCGCUAACCAAAAUUCA